UUUCGUUAUUAACAUCAAAAGGAAGUGAGACUUGUUUAUCAAUACCGAAAGCUCGAUCCGGAAGUGGGCGUUUAUAUAGCAUGUUGGAUGCUAUAAGUCGCUUGUUAAAACGGAGUAGGUACGAGUUGCAGCAGAGACCGUUUUAAAGACGGUGCAUUGCAGAGUACCAGGCGGGAUAGGACCGAGGAAGGAAAGGAAACGGAUCCAAACCUCGCCUUCAUUUUUGAUUCAGGAUGGGGAACAGAGAUGACGAGUAUGAUUACUUGUUCAAAGUGGUGUUGAUAGGAGACUCCGGUGUGGGGAAGAGUAACCUGUUGUCUCGUUUCACCCGGAAUGAGUUUAACCUGGAGAGUAAGAGCACCAUCGGGGUAGAGUUUGCCACCCGUAGUAUCCAGGUGGAUGGGAAGACCGUGAAGGCUCAGAUCUGGGACACAGCUGGUCAGGAGAGAUACCGGGCUAUUACAUCAGCGUAUUACCGUGGUGCCGUGGGUGCUCUUCUGGUCUAUGACAUCGCCAAGCACCUGACCUAUGAGAGCGUGGAACGUUGGCUGAAGGAGCUGAGAGACCAUGCUGACAGCAACAUCGUUAUUAUGUUGGUUGGCAACAAGAGUGACCUGCGCCACCUCAGGGCUGUGCCCACCGAUGGGGCACGGGCGUUUGCAGAGAAGAACGGUUUGUCUUUCCUGGAGACCUCAGCCCUGGACUCUACUAACGUGGAGACAUCCUUCCAGACCAUUCUGACUGAAAUCUAUCGCAUUGUGUCUCAGAAACAGAUGUCAGACCGGCAAGACAACAACAUGUCGCCUAGCAACAACGUGGUCAACAUCCAGGUGCAGCCGACGGAGAAUAAACCAAAGAUGCAAUGUUGUCAGAGCAUUUAACGGCAUCACCAGUACCACCUGCUUCCCCCUGACCCCCGACCCCAAACCCCCUGCUAAAAAGCCUGCUUUGGUCCGGUCUGUCUGAGACACAGCUGCGUGGCCAGGCUCUAGACCGAGACACAGCUGCGUGGCCAGGCUCUAGACCGAGACACAGCUGCGUGGCCAGGCUCUAGACCGAGACACAGCUGCGUGGCCAGGCUCUAGACCGAGACAGCUGCGUGGCCAGGCUCUAGACCGAGACACAGCUGCGUGGCCAGGCUCUAGACCGAGACACAGCUGCGUGGCCAGGCUCUAGACCGAGACACAGCUGCGUGGCCCGGCUCUAGACCGAGACACAGCUGCGUGGCCAGGCUCUGGACCGAGACACAGCUGCGUGGCCAGGCUCUAGAGCCGAGACACAGCUGCGUGGCCAGGCUCUGGACCGAGACACAGCUGCGUGGCCAGGCUCUAGACCGAGACACAGCUGCGUGGCCAGGCUCUAGACCGAGACACAGCUGCGUGGCCAGGCUCUAGACCGAGACACAGCUGCGUGGCCAGGCUCUAGACCGAGACACAGCUGCGUGGCCAGGCUCUAGACCGAGACACAGCUGCGUGGCCAGGCUCUAGGGUCUAUACUACAGAGUAGAGGCUGCCUCCAAAGUGCACUUACUUGACUUGCACACUUCUUGUCAUAGAUUUAAACGAAUUAGAUUGUAAUUAUUGGCUGAAGGUAGUUUCUUUCCACCGUUAAGACUAAAUCCAUGAUGGGAAGUGUGCAAGUGAACACUUUGAGAAAAGAGUGUAUAAUUAGGGUGCAGCUGUGUCUGAGCCCGUUGGUUCCUUAAGGAUCCCCAGUCAGGACUAUACAGCUGUGUCUGAGCCCGUUGGUUCUAUACAGCUGUGUCUGAGCCCGUUGGUUCUAUACAGCUGUGUCUGAGCCCGUUGGUUCUAUACAGCUGUGUCUGAGCCCAUUGGUUCUAUACAGCUGUGUCUGAUCCCAUUGGUUCCUUAAGGAUCCCCAGUCAGGACUAUACAGCUGUGUCUGAGCCCAUUGGUUCUAUACAGCUGUGUCUGAGCCCAUUGGUUCUAUACAGCUGUGUCUGAGCCCAUUGGUUCUAUACAGCUGUGUCUGAGCCCAUUGGUUCCUUAAGGAUCCCCAGUCAGGACUAUACAGCUGUGUCUGAGCCCGUUGGUUC